GACAUUUAAUGCAUUUAUUAUGUGUUUGACACUCUUAUUAACAAAAUUAGUGUUUUUUUAGUGAUAUUGCAUUCCAUUGUUCUGAAUUAAUCAAAAAUACUGCAUUAUCUUUUCAUUUACAGAUGUACUGAACCUUUGGAGCAAUAGUGCCAUAUGCACUACAGUGUGUGACCCACAUAAGUGCAUUUGCAAAAUGAUGACAAGCACUGUAAAUCCUUUAAUUCAGCCUUGAAUUUCAAACAUCCUACAGGCCCCCCGCCCCCCUACAGAAUUUCAGAGUUAGUGUGCAUCCAUGACUCUGACUUUAAACAGGUCCUGCAGAAAAUCUCAAGCAUCUCUCAGGAAAACAUGCUUUUUUUGAGGGGGUGAAUUUUUCUAACAGUUGCUAAAGAGGGAAAGAAGAGUCUAGUUCACAUCAAAUCGACAACAGAGGGAUCCCCUUUCACAUCCUGCCCCUGCGCCCUAGACCAGACAAGUGACACCUAGUACAUUCACACUGAGACAAGUGCCUCCUUUAUUUUUGUUACCAUUAUCGAUUUUCGAGCGCUAUACUGGACGGGAAAGGGCGACCAUGUAGAUCACCGGCUGUGUUGUUGUCGUUUUUGGUCACAUCUUGACACCCAGCCCUUCCCCUAGAUCCGGGAAGCAGCGUGUCAGCUAAAAGCCUUGAACGUGAAAGCACAAAGACUCUGUAAAGAAUCGGGGAAUUAAAAUCCGCAACGUUGGGAUGUUCAGACUGCAUUAGCGCCGAAUCCUCAACGCCAGCUGUUCACAGCCCGUGGUCAGAGCAGAAAAUCACGAUAAAGUGAACAGAUUGCGCCCGAAUCGGACAGUCAGUGGUGUAUUUAUCCAGAUCCAGUGGAAAUGGCAUUUUCCUUUAAGAUGAUGUAGGACAAACUUCACGGGCUGAUGUCUCUCCCUCCCUCUUUCUCUCUUCAUCGCACAGCUUGGAGCGCCGUUAUCUCCAACCUGCUGGUUGAGCUGUUUCCACACUCAGCAGUUUGGAGAGAUCUGUGCGCGCCGGAGACCCGAUUCCGUCCUCCUCACUGUGAAUGUUACAGCAUCACAGUCAGGAGCUUUCACUGGUUUUCAACUUCUGUUUGGAGUAAGUGGGAACUAAGAGCAAACGCUCUUAAAGGAAAACUAUUAUUUUUUUCUUUAUACAUAUUUUCUUUUGAAAAGAAGAGAAAUGACUGGAGUUCUUUGAAGUCACAUUAAGGAGCCAAUCGCAGUGGAUGUGCGUAACAUGAUGCUGGUUAUGAUAAUCGAUUUCCAAAAGAUGAGCUGCGGGGACGGGCGUUUACGCAGCGGAUUAAAGGAAAUAUUAUAGACACACCUUGAUUGCUCUGCCAUGAGACUGUGGAUGUGAUGACUGCAGCUUGAAAUCAAGAGGACCUGAGUGCCAGAGCACCAUGCAGCUGCAUAAAACGUGAACAUCUGGGACUUUUACGCUCGGUGAUCGGAUUUUCUUUGCGCAAGAACUGAAAAAUGGCUUUGAGUGAAAACUGCAAAACGCAACCAGCUAAAGAGCAGGGAACGGUGCAAAACCCUCCAACGGACGUCAUUGAGCUGAACGUGGGUGGCCAAGUGUACUACACUCGCCAUGCCACUUUGACAAGUAUUCCAAAUUCCUUACUUGGAAAGCUGUUCUCUAACAAGAAGGGGUCUUUAAACGACUUAUCCCGGGACCUCAGGGGACGAUAUUUCAUCGAUAGGGAUGGUUUCUUGUUUCGUUAUGUGUUGGAUUACCUCAGAGACAAACAAGUUGUUCUCCCGGACCAUUUCCCGGAGAGGGGGAGAUUGAAACGGGAGGCAGAGCACUUCCAGCUGCCGGAAUUGGUCAAACUCUUGUCGGCGGAUGAGUCCAAACUCUUUCCGGAUGACUUGUACUGCAGCGAUUUAGAAGAUGCGUCUCAGUGCAGCGAGAGGUUUUACUCCUCCUUUUCCUUUGACAGGAGGUACGGCUACAUCACGGUAACUUUCAUUGGAGCUUGCGCCGCAAGAAGCAGAGAAGGUCACACUGAAACCAAGAACAAGAAGUUGCCGAGAAUCUUCAUAAGCAGCAGGAUUGGUUUGGCCAAAGAGGUGUUUGGAGACGCCCUGAACGAGAACAAGGACGCAGACAGACCAUCGGACCGGUACACCUGCAGGUUUUAUCUGAAAUUCAAACACCUGGAGAGAGCUUUUGACAUGCUGUCAGAGUGCGGCUUUCACAUUGUGGCCUGCAAUACGUCCCUGACUUCAUCCAGCAUGGGUCAUUACACGGAUGACAGGGCUUGGUCCAAUCACUCACAGUACAUCUUUUACCGUGGGCCCUCUCGGUGGUCCUCGUCUCACUGUGACUGCUGCUGCAAGAGCCACAAAAGCGAGCGUGAAGGGGAGAGCGGCACCUCUUUGAACGACCUUUCCACCUCCUGCUCUGAGACCCAGUCCGAAGCCAGUUCCCCUCAAGGGACUGUGAUUCGCGGCCCCGUCAGCCGGCAGUCCAACAUCCAGACACUGGACCGCUCCCUCCCCAAGGGUCCGGUCCACAUGCUGCAGCAGGCAGACAUGCGCCGCAAGACAGAGAUGCUCCGGGUCAGAACCUUUGGUGUUCGGGAACGAGAGGCUGCAAAGAGGAAAGCGAACAAGGAGAAGAUGACUCCUGAACAGGAGCUAGAGAAAUGCAUCCAGGACUUCCGCCGCAUUAGAAUUCCUGAUCACUUCCCGGAAAGGAAGUACAUGUGGCAAUCAGAGCUCCUAAGAAAAUACCGUCUCUAAAGAAAAAAACGGUACAGGUCUAUCAUCCAGCCCUCAACAAAUAGUAUUUAUUAUAUAAGCAAUACACUGCAAUCCCUAGACACAUACUGUAACGUGAAAAAAAACCCCAUCCAAACGCAAAGCAGUGUGAACCAUGGAUUCUUAAACUUUGCACAUUUGUUGUGUAUAUUCUGCACAGGUAUAAAUCAAACAGACAUUAAACCCACCUCUCUGCAUGCAGAGAGAGCUAAGAGGCAGCCAUAAUACAGGUUAGAGCAUCACUAACAACAAAGCAACCUCAGGGGAAACAUCAUUUCAGCUCACAUACUCCUCACCCACUGUAUGUGCAAUCGCCCACAGUUGUUUUUAGGAACGGAUGCACCCAGAUGGUGUGGUGAGUUAGCAAAGGAGUCCCAAUGAAUUUCACUGAUAGCACACAUAUGUUACUACGCUCCAGUAAUGGCACUGCAUGUCAUUUCACCCUUAGCAUAAUAAUGCAAUAUCAAACAAAGUUUAAUUUCACUUCUCUGUCUGAUGGAGGGAUUGAGGGAAGCACUGCCUUGAUCUGUUUGCCACAUUUGAACAUUUGUCUGAACUUGUCAGUAUGUAUAGGUUAGAUAAUUUUGUGUAGGUAGAAUUAUGAAAUACCAUUGAAUAUUGAAAUAAUCUUUGGUUGUGAAUGUUCAGAGAAAGUAAAUAAAUGGGUAAGAGUUGUA